GGAGAGCUGAACAGCAAUAGCUUCACAGUAGAAGGACAGCGGCCGCAUGGUGUUACGAACAUAGUGAUGCCGAUGAACAUCAGUGUCGUGAAUGAUGAGCUAGAAUCUAAUGAGGUCGAAGUGCAAGCGCCAGCAGUAGACCGUCCGCCAGUCUCAGAUAUAGUAGCGGAGGAAACAACGACGAGCUCGAACCCGUCCGAUGUAGUAGAAGAGCCACGUGAGGAGGUCCCGCUACAAACUGAAAACCCGGAAGCAGAGGGAGACUCAGUGAUUCGUCUCAAAUUUCUGGAUGAUACGCAAAGGGACGCUCGUACAACCAUGACAGACACCAUAGGAAAAUUCAAGAGGUUGAAGUGCAAGCGCCAGCAGUAG